UUUUUUUGUUUUGUUUUUUUCAUCGCAGCUAAACGUCAAACGAUCCACUUCGAAGGCAGCUACUUUUGUAAACAAACGUGUACGCUCUCGUUCGCGCACGUGCCGCAGAAAGGGCACGAGUGAGCGCGAGGCAAGACCACUGGCGCGUUGUCCCGUGUGCUGAAGGUUUCUUUUCUUAUUUGUUGUUGUUGUUGUUGCUGCUGCGUGUAGCUACUGCGAACGUACGAAUUUUCGUAGCGCUGCUGCUGAUGAAGCUUCAGUUGGUUCGAGACUCGCGAGAUUAGCCCAAGUGUGCGUACUUCCUCGCUGGUGGUGUGGUGGUCAAGGCGUCAUCGCUUCAAAACCCGCUUCAACGCACUCCAGUGCCGGUUCUUACCAAAAAGGAGUAACAAAAACAGCAGCAUCUACAAACAGCUGGUGGUGCACACGCGGCGAGAAACGACGCGGGAACAGAACCCACGCCUGCGAGAGAGCCGAACAGACGGAGAGAGUUUGAGCGAGAAAAGUUAUCAGUGUUUUGCAGAGGGCAAACCCUUGAAGGCGAGGGGCGGCAUUACACCAGCGCUGAUUCGCAGCACUGUAUCGCUCUCGCGGCAACCUUUCCGGAAGGAAUCGAGAGACCGCGAUCCGUUCGUACGUCUGUGUGUGUUUGUGUUUGCUCGGUGUGACCGCGAACGGGGUGGUGUAACUAAAGGGAGGGAGAGGUGAAGCUAACGCGCGCGCACACACAUACACACCGCAGCCAUGGCGCUCAGUCAUAUGCUAACGCUCUGCCAGCGGAGUGCCGCCGUAAGCUCUCGAGGCCUGCUAUUGCGCCCGGGCAGUGUGCACGUACGACUAGCGGCCGCCCCAGUGCCAGAGCAGCAGCAGCACGGUCCAGCAGCAGCAGCAGUAGCAGCAGAGUCGCCAAUCAACCAGCAGCAGAGCCGCACGUUCCUCACGAUGGCGUGCGUACAGCAGCAGCAGCGAUGCGUGUCCGUCGACAACAUCAACCCGGCAAUCAAAAGCAUGGAGUACGCGGUCCGCGGCCCGCUGGUCAUCCGCGCCGGUGUCAUCGAGAAGGAGCUCGAGGAGGGUGCGAAAAAACCCUUCAAGGAAGUGAUCCGCGCCAACAUUGGCGAUUGCCAUGCGAUGGGCCAGCCGCCGAUUACCUUCAUUCGACAGGUGCUGGGGCUCGUGUCGUACCCGCCGCUGUUUAACGACCCGUCGAUCCCGACGGACGCGAAGCAGCGCGCCCGCGCCAUCCUCGACGGCUGCAAGGGCGGCUCGGUCGGCUCGUACUCGGACUCGGCCGGCAUCGAGGUGAUCCGGCGGCAUGCGGCCGAGUACAUUCAGCGGCGCGACGGCGGCAUCCCGGCCGACUGGCAAAACAUCAUCCUGUCCGCCGGCGCGUCCGGCGGCAUCAAGGUGCUGAUGGCGCUGCUGCGCUGCCCGAUCGACGGCAAGAAGCCGGGCGUGAUGAUACCGAUCCCGCAGUACCCGCUGUACUCCGCGACGAUCGCCGAGUUCGACAUGGAGCAGAUCGGCUACUACCUGGACGAGGCGAACAAGUGGGGCCUGGACAUUGCCGAGCUGGAGCGGUCGCUGAAGGAGGCGCGCAAGACGUCGGCACCGCGCAUCCUCGUCGUGAUCAACCCGGGCAACCCGACCGGCCAGGUGCUGUCCCGGUCGAACAUCGAGGACAUCAUCAAGUUUGCGCAGCGCGAGCGGUUGGUGCUGUUCGCGGACGAGGUGUACCAGGACAACGUGUACGAGAGCGGCUCGCAGUUCCACUCGUUCAAGAAGGUGAUGAUGGAGAUGGGCGAACCGUACAGCAAGAUGGAGCUGUGCAGCUUCAUGUCCUGCUCGAAGGGGUACAUGGGCGAGUGCGGCAUCCGGGGCGGGUACGCCGAGAUCGUCAACCUCUGCCCAGACGUGCGCACGAUGCUACUGAAGUGCAUUUCCGCCCAGCUCUGCCCGACCACGGCCGGCCAGGCCGUGCUGGACUGUGUGGUCAAUCCGCCGCGCAAGGGCGAACCGUCCUACGAGCAGUUCGAGAAGGAGAAGGCGUCCGUGCUGGAGUCGCUGCGCGAGCGCGCCGAGCUGGUCGCGCGCACGUUCAACUCGAUCGAGGGCUUCUCGUGCAACCCGGUGCAGGGGGCGAUGUACGCAUUCCCGCAGAUCCGGCUGCCGGCGAAGGCGCUCGAGGCGGCCAAGAAGGAUGGCAAGCCGGCGGACACAUUCUACGCAUUCCAGCUGCUCGAGGAGACAGGUAUCUGCAUCGUGCCCGGUUCCGGCUUCGGGCAGCGCCCCGGUACCUACCAUUUCCGCACCACCAUCCUGCCCCAGCCGGAAAAGCUGAAGGAAAUGCUCGGCCUGUUCAAGUCCUUCCACGAGAAGUUCCUGCAGAAGUACAAGUAAGCUGUAUGAGCGCGAGCGCCAAGCGGAUUGUGAGAAGGCGGGAAGGAAGCAGAUCACAAUAUUUAGUAGGUAGGAGAAGGAGAGCGAGAAGAGCGAUCGUGCAGGACCGGCACACAUCACACACACACACAGCCACACAUUGGUCGCUAAGCAGCAUCGCGGAAGAAUUGGGCAAACAUAUCGUGCCGGCAGCGAUUGAGCAGAGAUCGAUCGAGCGAGUAGGCAGUAAAAUGGAGACCGCUUAUGUGUAGACGAAGCAAUUUAAUUGCAAUUUCUUCAAGAAAAAUAACGGCAUUGGGGUGCAAUGCAAAUAAAGGGUAAACCUUUACAGCCGUAGGUGAUAGAGCGAACAGUGGAUGCAACACCAGCACCCAGGCAAAACGGAUUUCACGCAGCGAUAAAGAAAUGAUCUUACACGAAACAACAAAAA